GUGUUCACCAGAUACGGAAAGUGCUACAUGUUCAACGCCGCCGAGGAGGGAAAGACGCUCCGCACCACCAUGAAGGGAGGGACGGGGAACGGCCUGGAGAUCAUGCUGGACAUCCAGCAGGACGAGUACCUGCCGGUGUGGGGGGACACAGAGGAUACGGCCUUCGAGGCAGGUGUGCGGGUGCAGAUCCAUAGCCAGGCGGAGCCCCCAUUCGUUCACGAGCUGGGCUUUGGCGUGGCCCCCGGCUUCCAGACUUUUGUAGCCACACAGGAGCAGAGGCUGACCUACCUGCCUCCCCCGUGGGGAGAGUGCGAGUCCAAAGCUCUGGAGUCGGGCUUCUUUCAGGCCUACAGCGUCACCGCCUGCCGGAUCGACUGUGAGACGCGUUACAUCGUGGAGAACUGCAACUGCAGGAUGGUGCACAUGCCCGGUGACGCUUCCUACUGCACACCUGAGCAGUACAAAGACUGUGCUGAACCUGCCCUCGCCAAACUUUCUGCCGUUGAGAGCAGUAACUGCAUGUGCCGGACGCCGUGCAACACGACCCGCUACAACAAAGAGUUAUCCAUGGUCAAAAUCCCCAGCAAGACCUCCGCCCGCUACCUGCAGAAGAAGUUCAACAAGUCGGAGAAGUACAUCACAGACAACAUCUUGGUGCUGGAUGUGUUCUUUGAGGCACUGAACUACGAGACCAUCGAGCAGAAGAAAGCCUACGAGGUAGCAGGUUUGCUGGGGGACAUCGGUGGUCAGAUGGGUUUGUUCAUCGGAGCCAGCAUCCUCACCAUCUUAGAGCUGUUUGACUAUGCUUAUGAGGUAGUGAAAGACAGACUACUGGACUUACUGAGCAGAGAGGAGGAGGAGGAGAGUCAUGGCGAGGAUGUGAGUUCCUGCGACCCAGUGGCAAACCACUCCGAGUCCAUCAGCCACACCGUGACAGUCCCCCUGCAGACAACGUUGGGCACUCUGGAGGAGAUUGCCUGCUGA